AUGCUCCGUCCCAACGCCUUCCUCGUCCUCUUCACCCUCCUGUUCAGUUUCAUCUUUACACAGGCCGCCGUCCUUGACCACACCAAGCAUCCCAGAGCCGGCGGCGUAGAGAACUCCGCCGCAGAAUGGCUUCCGGCAGAACUCGUCGCCAUGGUAGCCGAGUACCAAUCCUACAUAUGGCGCACCACCGUCUGGCAACCACUUGUCGCGAGGGUCAAGGAGCACAAGCUGGGCGAAGUUUCCAAGGCGGUCAAGGCCAACGAGCCCCUGCCGGAAGCGUACCGGAAAGAACUUCUGAACAUCGCAGGAGCGGCUGCCAUCGGAUUGCUAGGUGAGAAGGAGAUGCAGGCAGUGGGGAUCCUAAGUCUGAUUCGGAAUAUGAAGGUCACGAAGGAAGAGGUGUUCAAGUCCGAGGGCGAUGAGGACGGGGAGGUCUAUACUGAAUUUCACGAUGCGAUUCUCCGCGGCGAGCCCAAUCAAGUCAAGGAUCUGAUUAAAAAGCACAAUAAAGACGGCAAGCGCCUCUCCCCCGAAUUGAAGCAACAGCUUGUGUCGCAAGCAUCAGAAGUCCGUAAGGCGGAGAAUUUCUACACUGGGGGAAAGGCGAACAUGGAAAGCAUUGAGGAGCAACUUAGCCGGAUUCGUACGACCUAA